GGCUGCAUGCAGUUGGACUUGACAAAGAACUCUCCCGACUCACCCACCGUCUGAGAGUCUGUGCGGUGUUUGAAUGUGUCUUUCUCUCUAACUCUCCGUCUCUCUCGUUGGGGCCGGAGUUGUGGUGUCACAUUUGCUCACAUUUCUUGUCGUUUUCCGAAGGUGUCGGUUCGCAUUCCACCCCUGGCCACUGCCAUUGAAGGGCUGGAACAAGAACCCCGACGGGCAGUUUGCUUCUUUAAAUUUUUUACAACCACCCCUGAUGGGGCGAAAAACUCCUGUUCCUAUCUAUGAACAGAGGGAGAGAGAAAAAAUCCAAAUUGGAGUAGUUUAACCAGUGGUCGCGGCGUUCUGUGGAUCGCAACUAAGCAAAGAAGAAGUAUUGUGCCAUGGGGGUGACUUGUUUUCGAACCCUUCCGGUCCUGAUGGGCUUUUGAAAAAAAGUGGUGAAACGAGUGAAGUGCAAACAAAUCAUGGAAGAUUGUGUGUACCAAGUGAUGGCAAAGGACAAAUCCGGCAUUGUUGAAUUAGAGCAACAAGACUGAUGAUGUGAAACAUAUAAGUCUGCUUCAAAAAUCCCCUUUCUCUACUCUAGUACAGCAACCCAAAUGUGAUUAUUCUGCCCAAGUUCCAAGAACUUGUUAAUUUGCUACAAAGUACAACACCAUCUCUUGCCAGAAACUGCAAACUCGAUAGUCUGAACUCUGACUCUAAAUUCAAGUGAAAGUCAUUGCAAUACAUAACAAAUUGAAUAGAGUAAAACAUCUGCCUUCUAAAGGAAAUAAGAUAACAACUGUGUCUGUGGACUGAUCAUUGGAAGUGUGAAGUGAUUUCAUCAUCCCCCAUUGGACUCCAGCGGCAUCGUGGCGAGUCUUACGGAUACCUACCUUUUUCUCACCCUACCUCAUCCCCUCCCGGACAGCAUGUGGCCUAGCACCUCAAGUACCUCAAUCAACUACAGACCCUUUGAGGCCUCAUUUGAUGAGACUCAUCCCAACCCUUUCCCAUCCCCAGAGCCCCCAGUUCCACCCCCAACCUCCCUAUCCCUUUCACCGCCCUUGGGCGGUACCUUGAGCAGCAAUAAUAAUUGGAGCCUAUCACCUCCAGCAGAGGACAAAGGCUCCAUUACUGUUCUGACCUCAUCCACCAUCACCUCCGGAGAUUUGGAACUGAAGUCUUCCCUAUGGAACCCGGCAGGGGCGGGUUUGCCCACACCCACCAGUCCAGAUUCGGAGAAAAUGUCCACGCCUUAUUCCACGGCGUCGGGCCCACCUCCACCCAACUCCUCCAUGGGUUUUGCUCAACGGAUGGCGGCCAUGCCCCAAUCCCAUCACCUUGGAGGGGGCGGGAAUGGCUGGGCGGGCUCUGAAAUAUUCUCGGCAGCUGCUCAACUCAUGUGGAACGGGGGCUUUGAGGCCAAGAUGGCGGAACAUCCCGGUAUGAUAAAAGGGGGUUUGGAUGACGGCCGACUUGACCCACAGCAGAUGAGUCUCUAUGGUCAGCGGAGCAACUCCUCGGCCUCAUCCUCACCCCCAGCGGUGUCCGGUCCUGGGGGAGGUAAUGGUAACCUUGUUGUACCCCAGCCCAUCAAUGCCGCAUCCAAAAUGGGUGGGGGGCAAAUGGGCGGCCACUCCCACAACAAUGCCAACAGUGGAGGAGGUGGUGGAGGCGGCGGCGGUGGUGGAGGAACCACAGGAAGGAAAUACCAGUGCAAGAUGUGUCCUCAGAUCUUUGGGUCGAAGGCUGACCUCCAGAUGCACACACAGAUCCAUAUGCGCGAGGCCAAACCCUACAAAUGUUCCCAAUGCAAUAAAUCAUUCGCCAACUCCAGUUAUCUUUCGCAACACACGAGGAUCCAUUUGGGGAUCAAACCCUAUCGGUGUGAGAUUUGUCAGCGAAAGUUCACGCAACUGUCCCAUCUACAACAACACGUCCGGACCCAUACUGGAGACAAACCCUAUCGGUGUCGACACGUGGGUUGCACGAAGGCAUUCUCCCAGCUCUCCAAUCUUCAGUCCCACUCCCGCUGCCAUCAGACUGACAAACCCUACAAGUGUAAUUCUUGCUACAAGUGCUUCACCGACGAAACUGCUCUCCUGGAACAUAUUCCUAAGCACAAGGAGUCCAAACACCUGAAGACUCACAUUUGCCAGUAUUGUGGCAAGAGUUACACCCAGGAGACCUACUUGGCCAAGCACAUGCAGAAACACUCCGAUCGACCGGACAAACGCCCACCCAUCUUGGGAGCUUUGGGCGGCAAUCCUGGAGGCGUGGGGAACCCACAGACACCGAGCAGCCAGAGCGCCCAGCUGAGCUCAGUGGCGGCGGCCGACGCGGCAGCCGCGGCCUAUUGGCAAAAGAUGGACCCCUACAAUACGGGUCAUGACCGAGUUGGCGACUACGCACAAUCUGCCGGGCUCAUGGCCCACCAUCGCGAUAUGAUGGAUCACCGACACCUCGCCGUUGAUGACCUGAGGCAUGGAGGGCAUGGAGCUGGGCAGCUCGGUGGUAACCAUUUAGGCUAUGGCGACUUUAAGACCUCAUCAGCAUUCAGUCCUAUCCAAACCGGUAUGCUGAACAGUCCCGCGGGUUUUGCCAUGACCGGGGGACGAGGUUACUUCCCGGAGGCCCUUCCCUUUCCUAAACACUAUGGUCAGAUUGGCAUCGAGUCCAAGUCAAGUACAACCAACCUGCAAAGCAAUUUCAUUGCACUGUCAAAGAUUGGGAACUACCAGCCCGGAUCCUCGGACCUGCUCCAUUCGUUAAAGGAGAAGACUGGUCAAGUCUCUCAAUGAGGAAAGGAAGAGGAAGAAGAUGACGAAAUGUUGGAUUUCAGCAUGUGAUGAUGACCCUCUUGUCCCCUUUGUUUUCUUUCUUUCACUCUCCAUCUCUCUAUUCCUCUCAGAAAACCAUCCGAAGUUUAUAAAACAGAAACAUACCACAACGGGUUCAGAACCCGCGAAAACAACCGAAAGAAUCACUCCAAAGAUUGAUUUCAGGACGCAAUUCCGGCAUCUUGGUUGCGUAGCAAGCAAAACAAUGCUCAAAAGGAUAAGCCGAAAUCUAAUAUUUCUUGAGAAGUAGAAGACUGAUGAACUUAAAUGUAUUUUACCACUG